UCCUGGCUGGACCAGCUCAGGCCUCCCAGGGUCCCGGAAGACACAGGCAGCAUGGCCCCGGGCGAGAGGGAGCGGGAGGAGGGACCCGCCAAGAGGGCCCUGCACAAAGUGCACACGGCCACCCUGGUCAUCAACCUGGCCCGCGGCUGGCAGCAGUGGGCCGCCGAGAACAGCACCAGACAGGCCCAGGAGCCGCCGGGCUGGGUGCCAGGAGGGGCCGAGCACACAGCCCCUGCUCCCAAGCCAGCCACGCACCCCGCUGCCCUCCAGGAUGCUCAGGGGGUCACAAAGUCCCUGCCCCGGAAGCCAGAGGGAAGCGAAAGUGGACAUGGCUCAGAGGAAGCCCCCCGCAUCAAAAGGAAAGAGGUGACCAAAAGCAUCGUGAGCAAGGCUUACGAGAGAGGUGGCGACAUGGGCGCCCUCAGCCACAGGUAUGAGCAGGAGGGUGCCCCAUCUGCGCCGGCGGCACAACCCGAGGACACCCUGGACAGGCUUCUCUGCAGCCACGAGUCCCCGACUCGCAGGAGGAAGUGUGCCCACUUGGUGUCGGAGCUGAGCAGAGGCUGGAAGGAGCUGGGGCAGGAGGGGCCCACGUGGAAGAGUGACAGCGUGGACACGGAGGACAGCGGCUACAGUGAGGCCGAGGAGAGGCCGGAGCAGGAGGUGGCCCAGGUGGCUGCCACCAGGAUCAAGCGCCCUUUGGCCUCCCAGUAUUUCCCAAUCCCACCUCCUCAAAACCGCAAAACACACCCGUGUCAGGAGAAGGCUCGGACCAAGGCCUCAAGAGUUCCAGCACACUCAGCUAUGAACGUGGCUUCGUGUGGCCGCUGCCACGGACCACAGAGAAGUCCUGCUCUCAGCUCACCGGCACUCACUGACACUUCUGAGUGGGGCCAGCCUCGAGCCCAGGGCACCCUCCUGAGACAGGGUCGAGAGCAGCACACAAAACGCGGCUGCACGUUCUUUCCCGUGUAUUAUGCUGAAUGUAUUUUACUGUAAGACCAUUUGUCCUAUUACUAUUUUCUGAUCUACAAUCCAAAAAAUGUUUUCUCUUUGACCAAAGCAUUAGUCUAAAAACUCCACGAUAGGGAAAUUCACAGUUGAAAUACUUAGGACCUCAUGAUAAACAGUAACAGAACUCAGCAUACAAGCUUUCAUGAAAAUGCUCAUAGUUUUAUCAUCAAAGAAAAUUGCACUUUAUAAUAGGUGACUACAAAUUCCUAGUAACAGGUAGUAUACAAACGAGUUCCCAGCCUGCAGGAUUUUCCUGUCCAAACUUUUACAUGCUUCCUGUAUAUCCAGUGAUAAUUGUUUUUCUUUUUUAGUCCUGGGAUCAAGCUCAGGACCUAGUGCUUGUCAGGCAGGCACUGUGCCACUGAGCUCUAUCCCAGGCUUGCAGUGGUAAUUUUUUUAAGAGAUUAAAGAGAUUCUCUUUAUCACAUCGGUAUUAGAUCUAGUUUUUUGCACCCACAGAUGAUCACACUAUUUUUUCUGUCAAUGUGGUAAAUGUAAAAAUGAUAUCUACCCUAGGUUUCCUAGAAUUGGUUAUAUGCUAUGUAUUGCUGAGUUUCACAUGUGAUUUUUCAGAACUUUGCAGUUCAGUUACACAAUUCUCUAUUUUUAUGAAUGAGUAUUUUAACAUUUUGGCACUAAGGUCAAGCUAGCCUCAAAAGGCAAUUUCGGAAGUGUUUCUUCUCAGGGCCUUUGGGGAAUUAAUUUAAAACCAAUAGUAUUUUUACCUUAAAAACCUAGUGGAAGCUGUGGUACUAGCUGGGCCCAAGAUUUUUUGUGGGAAGCCGUUUCUCUCUGGCAGGUUUGCAUGCUGAGUAUACACGACGUAACGUUUCUCCGUUUUCCCUCCACUGGCCCGCUUACCGACAGUCCCAGCGGCUCCACCUCUGCAGGCCUGUGGCAAUCCCCUACCAGGCUCCGCUCCCACUUGUCCCACUUGCUCCCGUGAGCUGUGGCUGAGAACUAGACUGUUCUCGGAGACCGUUGUGCUUAGGUUCACCUUGUUUAACUCCCUGAGGGAAGCACGCACUCCUUCCUUCUGCCUAUCACUCAGUGUUACCACACGGCGAACACCAACCUCAGAGCCUUGUUACCUAUGCUCAGCCACUGGUACAGCUUCAGAUCCAUUUGUAUGCAGUAACUGUUAAGGCAGUUCACCUUUCGGCAUGGAAUGGUGACCCGAUUCUCCAGCUUGUCACGUCUCGCUGGAGGCCAUAGCUGGCCUCAUCUGGCUGCCGUCUGCAGCUUCUGGCCCGCUCUGAGCCUGUCCUCAGCUCCCUGUCUGACACCUGAGCAAUGCUUACCCUGUGCUCCCUAACUCCCAGUGCACGCCUCCGUAUCACCAUCCCCGCUGUUCUCACCCAGCAGCACUGCUUUUCUGAUUAUACAACAGGCUCCUAUCCUGCCCUGAUUUCUAAUGUUCCCUUCUGUUCAGAGAUGGUCCCGAGUGCAAACGCUACCGUGUCUCUUCCUGCCCCACGCUCUUCCAUGUCCCUGUGAAACAAACGUCCUUCUUGGCCACGCAUAGAGCUCUUCCAAGCACAGGGCUGUCAAGUGCUCUCACCAGAGGACAACGUAUUUUAAAGACACCAAAUGAAGCGCUGCCCCACCUGCAGAGGGCGUGGUUCCAACCUCCCCUCUGUAAACUGCAGUGGCCUCCAGCUUGGCAGAGCCUUGAGUUACUACAGCCCCCAGCACCUCCACCAUGCGGGCUAGAAGCACUGGCUCACACCCAGAAGACAGUGUUUACCCGAUUUAUUAAGAAAGUAUGGGAAGGACUUCAUUAUUAAACAGAUUCAAACUCAAGACUG